CCGGGAUCUGCUACUCAAGUUUUGGGCCAGGCCUCUCCCUCUCGCUCUCGGCUCUCCUCCCCGCCUACCUCGCCGGCCGGCCGGCUCCUUCCACGCCGCUUGGCCUCCAUGCUCCUCCUUCCCGACGCGCCGCCCACACAGCAAUGGCUGGAGCGACUACGUCGGCGACGGCCGUUCUCGACGCGUUCGUGCGCGCCAGGCGCUGCUCCGCGGGCGGCGGCGUCCGUCCCGACCAGUUCGACCUCGCGGCCACGCUGUCCGCGUGCUCGCGGCUGGGAGCUCUCGUCAGCGGGAAGCAGGCGCACUGCGACGCCGAGAAGCGCGGGCUCGGCUCGGGCGCCUUCUGCGCGGCGGCGCUGGUGAACAUGUACGCCAGGUGCGGCCGCGUGGGCGACGCUCGCAGGGUGUUCGGCGGAAUCUCUCUCCCGGACACCGUGUGCUGGGCCAGCAUGAUCUCCGGGUAUCAUCGGGCCGGGAGGUUCCAGGAAGCGGUGUGCCUGUUCACCAGGAUGGAGAAGAUGGGGUCCUCUCCUGACCGGGUGACCUGUGUCGCCGUCGUUUGCGCUCUCACGGCCUUGGGUAGGCUGGAAGAUGCGAGGACCUUGCUGCAUAGGAUGCCGGCGCCGAGCAGCACGGUUGCUUGGAAUGCUGUUAUCUCUGGUUAUGCGCAGCAGAGUGGGAUCGAGCAUGAGGUUUUUGGUUUGUACAAGGAUAUGAGAUGCUGGGGAUUAUGGCCAACUAGAUCGACUUUCGCAAGCAUGUUAAGUGCAGCAGCCAACGCGACGGCUUUCAUUGAAGGCCGGCAGGUACAUGCAGCGGCAGUAAGGCAUGGUUUGGAUGCAAAUGUUUUUGUGGGUAGCUCUCUCAUCAACCUUUACGCAAAAUGCGGCUGCAUCGGUGAUGCGAUACUUGUGUUUGAUUGCUCUGGUGAAAAGAAUGUUGUCAUGUGGAAUGCGAUGCUUAAUGGUCUUGUUCGAAAUGAGUAUCAAGUAGAGGCCAUACAGAUGUUCCUAUAUAUGAAGAGGCUUGGCCUUGAGGCUGAUGAGUUCACAUAUGUCAGUGUUCUCGGUGCGUGCGCCCACUUGGAUUCCCAUUGUUUGGGGAGGCAGGUGCAAUGUGUAACAAUCAAGAAUUGCAUGGAUGCAAGCUUGUUUGUUGCUAAUGCAACAUUAGAUAUGCACUCGAAAUUUGGAGCUAUAGAUGAUGCAAAAACACUAUUCAAUCUGAUUACUUACAAGGAUACUGUAUCUUGGAAUGCCCUUCUAGUUGGACUUACACAUAAUGAAGAAGACGAAGAAGCAAUACAUAUGCUCAAAGGGAUGAAUCUGGAUGGUGUAACACCAGAUGAGGUGUCUUUUGCUACUGUAAUUAAUGCAUGUUCCAAUAUUCGAGCUACUGAGACUGGAAAACAAAUCCAUUGCCUGGCCAUGAAGCAUAGUAUCUGCUCAAAUCACGCUGUUGGUAGCUCUCUGAUUGAUUUUUAUUCGAAGCAUGGAGAUGUAGAAUCGUGUAGGAAGGUUUUGGCACAGGUAGAUGCAAGUAGUAUAGUCCCAAGAAAUGUUCUAAUUGCAGGUCUAGUGCAGAACAAUAGAGAAGAUGAAGCCAUAGACUUGUUUCAGCAGGUUCUUAGAGAUGGUUUAAAGCCCUCCAGCUUUACAUUUUCAAGCAUUCUUUCUGGUUGUACUGGACUUCUCAGUUCAAUCAUUGGCAAACAAGUCCACUGUUACACACUGAAGUCUGGUUUUCUGAAUGAUGAUACUUCCGUUGGUGUUUCACUGGUUGGAACAUAUUUGAAGGCUAGAAUGCCUGAGGAUGCAAACAAACUCUUGAUAGAGAUGCCAGAUCACAAAAACCUAGUUGAGUGGACAGCUAUCGUUUCAGGGUAUGCUCAAAAUGGUUACAGUUAUCAAUCAUUGCUAUCAUUUUGGAGAAUGCGCAGUUAUGAUGUUCAUCCAGAUGAGGUCACAUUUGCAAGUAUUCUCAAAGCUUGUUCUGAGAUGACAGCCCUUAGCGAUGGAAAAGAGAUACAUGGCCUCAUCAUUAAAUCUGGAUUUGGUUCUUACAAAACCGCAACUAGUGCCAUCAUAGACAUGUACUCCAAGUGUGGGGAUAUCAUUUCUUCCUUUGAAGCCUUCAAGGAAUUGAAAUCCAAGCAAGACAUCACAUUAUGGAACUCCAUGAUUCUUGGAUUUGCAAAGAAUGGCUAUGCGGAUGAGGCACUUCUGCUUUUUCAGAAGAUGCAAGACUCACAAAUAAAGUCUGAUGAAGUUACGUUCCUAGGUGUCCUAAUUGCUUGUGCUCAUGCUGGCUUAAUUUCUGAAGGUCGGCAUUACUUCGAUUCUAUGAGCAAAGUUUAUGGGAUAAUGCCUAGAGUAGAUCACUAUGCAUGUUUUAUUGAUCUCCUUGGACGUGGUGGUCAUCUUCAAGAGGCUCAAGAAGUUAUUAACGAGUUGCCCUUCAGGCCUGAUGGUGUGAUCUGGGCUACAUAUCUUGCAGCAUGCAGAAUGCACAAGGAUGAAGAAAGGGGGGAAAUUGCAGCAAAAGAGCUCGUUGAAUUGGAACCACAGAACUCGUCUACGUACGUGUUGCUUUCAAACAUGUAUGCUGCAGCUGGUAACUGGGUUGAAGCAAAGAUGGCCAGAGAAGCAAUGCGAGAAAAAGGAGCAACAAAAUUUCCAGGAUGCAGUUGGAUUACAGUUGGAAACAAAACAAGCUUAUUUCUUGUACAGGACAAGAAUCACCUUGGUGCUCUUAGAAUCUACGAAAUGCUUGAUAAUCUUACUAGAAUGAUGCACAAAUAUGACGAUGUUGAGAAUUAUGAUAUGCUAAUUUCAGCUGAAAUGUUUACUUGAGGAGUGAAGCCCCUUGUUUCAUCCUUUGGCUCAUCCAGGAUCUAUGGUAGAUGCUUGGUUACUGACCAUCAAUAAAGCUCCAAGGGCUAUUGGUUCCGUUUCAGUCAAGGGAAAUUAGUUACCCAUGAUCAAAUCAGCUUGUACAGGGUCUGCAGCAUUCCUCUCUUCUCCCCAGGGACCUGCAGUACUACACAUACCAAGCCUUCUUCGUGGGGUGCACAGCCUUCCUUGCCACGGCUACUGCUCGAGUGCUCGUGCGAUUCUCACUUCUGAGUGGACACUUUUCUGCAGCAUAAUCCUUAUGUAUUUGUUGCCCAUCAGAAUGUGACCAACUGACCACAAGCUGACAUAGUGCUUCUACGGUUCUACCAUUCAGAGCCGAAGCAAAUGGCAUGUUUAAAUGUAAAGUUCUAUUAAGGAUGGACAAGCAGCCUUUUUGUUUGGGGUACCCUUUUGUUUGACUGGAGUUUUUAGCCUCGACAGCUUUCAGAAAACAGACAACUUUAGGGCUUUAUUCAGGCUGGAGUCUUACGUUUUCAAGCAAUAGUGGGCACGUCAAAUAAAGCAUGUCAUGAAGAUAGGUGUUUGACUCCGCAGCCCGAAGCGGAUGAGGUGUAUUCUUGGGCCUGAUAUAGAAGGGAGAAGGAUCUUAUCAAUAGUCACAACAUGGGAUACAGAUGUUUAUGUUCAAUGGAUCUGCAGUGCUGUCGCAUUGUUCUAUUCAAAAUAAGAGAACAUCGCCACCAAAAAAGUUGAUCAGCAUGUGAGCCCGGCCACCAGUUAAUUAAUUAACUAAAGGCAUUGCAUCCAAAUCAAUCAGCUCAUUGUUUCUAGUUUCUUGGAAGCCAACCACCACGCAUGCAUGCACCUCCCAAAAGCUUGGACUCCUCGUAUGUUUAUCGUAUAAUUCAUCAAAUGAAUUUGACGGAAGGGCAUAUUAACCUGGUUUCGAUGAGUAUAUAUGUGUUUACUGUUUUUCUGUCCUAAUUAGGGGAAUGCAGGAAGUAUUCGGAAGAGCUCAUUGUUUUAGUACCAGAUUGCCAGUUCUAACUUGAGGAACACUAGCAUAUAAUGAUUGUUCUACCAUUUCAGGAACAUAUCUAGAUACAAGCAGUUGUGAUUUAGGUGAUACUUCUUUCCCAAGUACUCCAGCUAGCAGGAGACGAUUGAUAUUUCCAUGAAGUUUUCCAACUGCUCUAAAGCUGGUCUAGCACUCAAGAUUUGUGGCACAAAAGGCAUUGCAGCAUUCAGGAUGACAGGUGCACAUAUGCAUUACCCACAUUAAUCCCAAUCAUUAACUGGGGCACAUGAAUGAUUCUAAAAGUUAUCACCAGAGCAAAAAGUAGUAUAGUAGUAAUUAGCAUGUGCAUACACAUAUGUGACAUGUCUUCCCCCACAUUAAUUAAUCAUAUCAUUAGCUAGGGUUCACAUACAAAAAUGAUGCUAGAAGUUUAUUAUCAACAUAGCAGAUUAGUUUAGAACUUACCAUGAUAUUAACAAGAAAGCUAGUAGUACUUAUUAACCAGUUGGAAUUAGCAGGAUGUGUAUCUGUAUGACCCCUCACCAGCAAAUAGGAGUAGCUAGCUAGCUAGUGUGAUUUGGUUAGUGCUAAUGCUCUUAUUUAAUCCAUUGAUUAGUCAGUUAAUCUGUCUGAUUAGGGCGGUGUUUGACGCGUGUCAAGGGCAAAUCUUUUUUCUUGAUCCGGAGCGGAUCAUCGAGCAGAUUAAAGGGGAUAUUGGUCAUCGUGGGUUUGAUUGUCUAUUUGCUUAGCCUGACGUCUACAUGUUCAUGUGCCGAUUUGAUCUGUUGUUUGUUCCUGACCUCCUCAUGUCUUUGGUGAUCAUGUGAAUUAACUAGUUCUGUUUAAGAUGGAUGUGUGGUCGGUCCACUGGCAGCAACACCCCAGGUACCAGUGUGGAGUCCACAGUGCACGCUUUAACUAGGCUUUGCUCGGAUCAAUUGACUUACAAGUUUUAGGCUUUUCUCUAUAUAAUGCAAAAGAGGAAUGAAUUUCUGCCAAAAAAAA